CUCUUCCCUUCGGCGGCCGCGCGCGGUAGGAGCGGCAGCCAAAAUGAAGUUCAACCCUUUUGUGACUUCUGACCGGAGCAAGAACCGCAAAAGGCAUUUCAAUGCACCUUCCCACGUUCGCAGGAAGAUCAUGUCUUCUCCUCUUUCCAAGGAGCUGAGGCAGAAGUACAACGUGCGAUCCAUGCCCAUCCGCAAGGACGAUGAGGUCCAGGUGGUGAGAGGCCACUACAAAGGUCAGCAAAUUGGCAAAGUGGUCCAGGUUUAUAGGAAGAAAUACGUCAUCUACAUUGAAAGAGUCCAGCGGGAGAAAGCAAAUGGCACAACUGUCCAUGUCGGCAUUCACCCCAGUAAGGUGGUUAUCACCAGACUAAAGCUGGACAAAGAUCGCAAGAAGAUUCUUGAGCGCAAGGCCAAGUCUCGACAAGUCGGCAAGGAAAAGGGCAAAUACAAAGAAGAAACCAUUGAGAAGAUGCAGGAGUAAAGUUAUUUUAUAUAUAACUUGAUUAAAAGCUGUAGAAUGAAGGCUGCCGUGCUGUGCA